AUGUCUGGGGAUGGUACGGAAAACUUAGCAGGGCGUUACCAUGGUGGAAACAAAGACAACCUGGAUCAAGAUAAUGAAUAUGGAGUUGACAGAAGUUUCCUCCACCAGUUAGCCAUUUAUAUCUUCAACUGUGUGCUUUUAUCGUUAGCAUGGCUUCUUGGCGUUGCGGGAUACUCGUACGCCUUCAUCGUUCUAAUGUUAUUGUUGUUAAUGGUUGUUUGGAGAACCAAGUUGGUGGAGAUCCUUCAGGAAAUUAUUCAAGUUGAAACUUUGCGAGUUCAUCGUCGGCGAGCUUUGCGACAAUCAGAAACAGCGGAAUGGUUGAAUUUCAUUAUAAAUCGUUGGUGGGUUUUCAGCCAUCCAUCCAUUUUCAAACACAUGAAGAAGCACCUAGAUCCUUUAUUGGUGAAAGCCAAACCUAAUUUUGUAGAUGCUAUUGAUUUACAUAGUUUCCAUGUUGGAGAUCAGACGCCAUAUGUGAAGUUUUUGAAGGUGUACGAGGUGAUUGACCACUUGCACGUCUUUCCAGCAACGCCAGAAACAGUUUUAAAACCACCGCUAGGUCUCGGCAGGGAUGUGACUACUUAUCAACUGGUGUUUGAAGCGGACAUUGGGCUUCACUCACCGGAGUUCAAGAUGGUACUAAGAGCACGAAUGGGUGCUAAAUUUAUGGGGAUUGAUGUUGACGUUGCUGUCGAGAAUUUAAAUGUCAACGGUAAAGCUCAGGUUAUUCUUCAUAUGAAUUCUCACACGGCAUUUCCUCACAUCGCCAAGGCUACCAUAUCAUUUGUUGAAAGGCCUGAUGUGUGGUUUUCCGUGCGUGUGCUCAAAGCAGUUCAACUAAUGGAAAUUCCUAUAUUAAAAGGAUGGAUUCACUCUUUAAUAAUGGAAGCAUUAACCACAGAACUGGUGGAUCCCGGUAAACUGGACAUAAAGAUUGUUCCUGAAGCUAGUUAUGAACCUGAGAAAAAUAAAACGAAAUGGUAUGCUAAUGGCGUAAUAACAUUAACUGUUAGUGGUACACCCACAAGUAAAUUUAACAACGACUUGGAAAAAGACAAAGUACUGAUUAAAGUUAAAGGUAAACGAAUGUUGUCAUCCUAUACUUUGGCAACGUUUGAAGUCAACUUGUCGGAGCAUGAUCUGGAGAUGAAAAACAAUAUUGAGAUAACUUUACAAAAGAAGCAAAUAAAGCUGUCACUUUUGAUGGAAUACACCCCACUAGAAUCUAUAAGUUUGGAUAAUAUUGAUGCGUUACCUCCUAUAAUGGAUGGUCAGUUAGCUGGGGUGAUGUAUAUCUGUGUGCACAGCGGCAGUAAUCUUCUUGCAAUGGACCGCACUGGAAAGUCAGAUCCAUAUGUGAUUGUGUUUAACAACAGGCAAAAGGUGAAAACAACACACUACAUCUGUCAGACAUUGAACCCUAAAUGGGAAUACAGUAUGGAGUUCUUUGUGGCAGAUUACACUGCAGCAACCAUCUCAUUUCUUGUCUAUGACUGGGAUGGGAGGAAAAUAACUGACAAUGACUUUUUAGGAUCAUGUAAUCUCUCCCUUACAAAGAAUUUACCGCUUGGAUUUGGAAUGGUUGGUGGCGCUGUGAUGGGUAACAAAUUGGGUACGUUAUGUGUAUCGGCUGUUUUUAGGCAUGUACCAUCAGUAGCUGAGUCAGAGAAACUUGGUCGUAGCAACCCAGAGUUGAUUUGUGCAGGUGAUGAAGAUAUAGCUUACAGUCCAAGAUUGAAAAAAAAAAGUGCUAACAUGAUAACAUCGGCUGCUAAAACUUUGAUGACUGCUGGAAGGUCAUCUCCAUGUAAAGCGUCAGUAUUGAACCUUGGACGAGGAAUUCUGGAGUUGACUAUUGUUCGAGCAAAGGAUCUUGUUGCUAAGGAUCGCAAUGGCUAUAGCGAUCCAUACUGUGAAGUUAAAAUUAAAAGUCAUCUGAAAUUCAAAACAUCAACGAUUAAAAACUCAUUAUCUCCUGUCUGGGAGGAAAGUGUUACCAUGGAAUUACCAAAUGACGAUGAAGUAUUGGAUAUUAACGUAUGGGAUCGUGAUCCAUUCUUUAAAAGAGACUUUCUUGGCUGCAUUGGUUUUACAUUAGAUGAAGUGAAAUCCUACUCACAUGCUGGUCCUACAUGGUUUUCUUUGAGAAAGAUCAGAUCUGGUUGUGUUCAGUUAAAGUUUAAUGUUAUAACAAUCUCAGAGUCCGGUAUGUGUGGUAUUGGUGUGUGCCAGUCUGGUACAGUAUUGGUGUGUGCCAGUCUGGUACAGUAUUGGUGUGUGCCAGUCUGGUACAGUAUUGGUGUAUGCCAGUCUGGUACAUAUUGGUGUGUGCCAGUCUGGUGCAAUAUUGGUGUGUGCCAGUCUGGUGCAGUAUUGGUGUGUCCAGUCUGGUGCAGUAUUGGUGUGUGCCAAUCUGGUGCAGUGUUGGUGUGUGCCAGUCAGGAGCAGUAUAGGUGUGUGCCAGUCUGGUGCAGUAUUGGUGUGGUCCAAUCUGGUGCAGUAUUCUGUGGUAUGUAUUUGAAUAUGAUUAUGAUAAUUAUUCUGCACAAUCUAUCACAAAUGAUUCACCAAAAGGAAUUUGAUGGUAAUGAAGGUGGAAGUUCACCAUUUGAUGAUGAUGAAGUAUUCAAGAUGCCAGAAUCAGACAGUGAAGUCGUUGUCAAGAAACCACUGGUGGAUCGCAGACCCACUCAAGAGCAAGAGACCAGCUCCAACUCUAGUGGCAGACAUCGAGUAAGAAAAACAAAAUCCAGUAGUCUUGGGUCUCCCAGGUCUAUGUCUAAUCUGCCGAUGGAUUACGAGUCAAAACAUGCCAUACCGAAAACACCAUCUGAUUCCACACUACAUAUGCUAUCGAGUCAAGAAUGUACACCCAAGAAAAAGAAAUCUAAACUAAGAAGGGUGUUUUCCAUGAAAUUACGAAAUGAAGGUGAAGUGCCAUUUAAUUUACAGGAAUAA